AUGGGCAAGACAAAGGUGCUGCCGCUCAUCCCGCUCGCGCCCCCGCUCGCCGUCCUGCCCGGGACCUCGGUCAAGAUCCCCAUCACGAACCGCUCGGACGUGGCGGCCAUCCUCGCCAAGAUCUACAGCGUCAGCCCGACGGCGCGCCCGGACGCUGCCAUCACCGUCGCCUGCGUGCCGCUCAACGCCCGCUCCCUCGCCCCGGAUGGUCGGCUGCUGGGGGAGGGGGAGCGCGGUGAGAGUGACGGCCACAGCCACAGCCACAGCCACAGCCACGGCCACAGCAACAGCAACAGCAACAGCAACAACAACAACAACAACAGCAACAGCAACAGCAACAGCCACGCCUACGAGAGCGACCCCGUGCAGGCCAGCCGGCGGGACAUCUUCGGCUACGCGUGCGUCGCCAAGGUCAGCGGCGUCCAGGGCCGGCGGCAGGGCGAGCUGAGCCUGGUGGUCGAGGGCCUGCAGCGCGUGCGCGUCGUCCAAGUGCUGCAGGAGCGCCCGUACUUUGAGGGCGCGCUGGCCGCCGUCGACGAGUACGAGCUGGUCGACGAGGCCGACGCCCCCGAUGCCCCCGACGCCCCCGACGUGGGCCUCGAGCAGCCCUUCGCCCUGCUCAAGCAGCUGUCGCGCGAGCUGCUGGCCCUCGUCCGCCUGUCGGCCAUGCUGCCGCGCGCGCCCACCGUUGCCCUCUCGCCCAUCGUCGCCCGCCGCCUGGAGCUGUACAUUGCCCGCAAGCCCCUGUCCGACGCCGGCUCGCUCGCCGACUUCAUGGCCAACGUCGUCGACUGCACCCACGCCGAGAAGCUGCGCGUCCUGGCCGCCGUCGACCCCCGCCACCGCGUCGACCGCGUCAUCGAGAUCUUGCAGCGCCAGAUCACCGCCAUCCAGACCAGCACCCGCCUCACCCUCACCGCCGCCCCGGCCCCGACCCCCCGCUUCGACCUCGACCAGCUGCGCCGCAUCCAGCAGCAGGCCCUGAUCAAGCGCGCCAAGCGUGGCGCCGACGGCCUGACCCCGCCCUUCCCCCCCGGCCAGCAGCAGGGCGACGACGAGCCCAACGAGCUGGACGAGCUCAAGAAGCGCCUGCUCGACGCCCAGCUGUCGCCCGACGCCGAAAAGGUCGCCCAGCGCGAGCUGCAGCGCUUGCAGAAGAUGAAUCCCGCCCAGGCCGAGUACCAGGUCUGCCGCAACUACCUCGAGAACCUGGCCGAGAUCCCCUGGUCCAAGACCACGCUCGACCACCUCGACGCCUCCACCCUGCCCAGGGCCCGCAAGCAGCUCGACGACGACCACUACGGCCUCGACAAGAUCAAGAAGCGCCUGCUCGAGUACCUGGCCGUGCUGAAGCUCAAGGAGCAGGCCAACCGCAGCCUCGACGACCAGAUCCGCGCCCUCACCGAAGGCCCCACGUCCACGCCCACGCCCACGCUCACGCCCGACCCCGACCCCGACCACCACGACCCCGACCACCACGACCCCGACCACCACGACCCCGACCACCACGACCCCGACCACCACGACCCCGACCACCACGACCACGCCCAAGUCACCCAGCUGCAGCGAGACGCGCCCCUGCAGCCCGCCAGGGAGCCGUCCGAGCACGAAAAGCGGCUGCUCGAGAAGAAGCGCAUGGUGGACAAGUCGCCCAUCCUGCUGCUCGUCGGCCCCCCAGGCACCGGCAAGACGUCGCUCGCAAAGUCGGUCGCCACCGCCCUGGGCCGCAAGUUCCACCGCAUCUCGCUCGGCGGCGUCCGCGACGAGGCGGAGAUCAGAGGCCACCGCCGCACCUACGUCGCCGCCAUGCCCGGUCUCGUCGUCGGCGGCCUCAAGAAGGUCGGCGUCGCCAACCCCGUCUUCCUCCUCGACGAGAUCGACAAGCUCGCCGGCUCCAACCACAACGGCGACCCCAGCGCCGCCAUGCUCGAGGUCCUCGACCCAGAGCAGAACCACGCCUUCACAGACCACUACGUCAACAUCCCCAUCGACCUGUCCAAGGUCCUCUUCAUCGCCACCGCCAACUCGCUCGACACCAUCCCGCCCCCGCUCCUCGACCGCAUGGAGACCAUCCAGCUGUCCGGCUACACAACGCUGGAGAAGCGCCACAUCGCCAAGCGCCAUCUGAUCCCCAAGCAGAUCACCACAAACGGCCUGCGCCAGACCGACCUCGUGAUCCCCACCGACGUCCUGGACAAGAUCAUCACCGCCUACACGCGCGAGUCGGGCGUGCGCAACCUCGAGCGCGAGAUUGGCUCCGUCUGCCGCACAAAGGCCGUCGAGUAUGCCACCUGCGCCGACACGGACACGCUCGCCACCUACUCGCCCCUCGUCACCCUCAACGACCUCGACGCCACCCUCGGCAUCGAAAGGUUCGCCGAGGAGCUCACCGAGCAACACACGCGCCCGGGCGUCAUCACAGGCCUCGUCGCCUACUCCUCGGGCGGCCAAGGCUCCAUCCUCUUCAUCGAAAUCGCAGACAUGCCCGGCACCGGGCGCGUCCAACUCACGGGCAAGCUGGGCGACGUCCUCAAGGAAAGCGUCGAGGUCGCCCUGACGUGGGUGAAAUCCCACGCCUUCGCCCUGGGCCUCGCAGACAAAGGCGUCGACAUUAUGAAAUCCCGCUCCAUCCACGUCCACUGCCCCUCCGGCGCCAUCCCCAAGGACGGCCCCAGCGCUGGCCUCGCGCACACCCUCGCCCUCGUCAGCCUCUUCACCGGCCAGCCCGUCCCGCCCUCGCUCGCCAUGACGGGCGAGGUGUCCCUCCGAGGCCGCGUGCUGCCUGUCGGCGGCAUCAAAGAGAAGCUCAUCGGCGCCAUGCGCGCCGGCGUCGAGCGCGUCCUGCUGCCCGAGGCCAACCGCAAGGACGCCAGGGAGCUGCCGGACGAGGUCAAGCACGGUCUGCGCAUCGAGUUUGUGAGCCACAUCUGGGAGGCGCUGGGGCUUGUGUGGCCCGAGCGCUGGGAGCGGGCCCGUGUGCAUGUCAGCGAGAGUCGGCUGUAG